GCGGGGCUGCCAGCCCUGGAGCGCCGCAGCGGCCCCAGGAGGUGGCGGCGGGCGCGGAGCCCCGGCCGCGCGGGACUGGCCGUCGGGGCCCCGGGACGGCGGCCCCGGGGGCGCCCAUGCCAUGGAGAAGCUGGCGGCCGGGCUGGCCGGCCUGCGCUGGAGCAUGGGCGCCUUCCCGCUCGACCUCAUCGUCAGCCGCUGCCGCCUGCCCACGCUUGCUUGCCUCGGACCAGGGGAAUAUGCCGAGGGCGUCAGUGAGCGAGACAUCCUGCUCAUCCACUCCUGCCGCCAGUGGACAACAGUGACAGCCCACACCCUGGAAGAGGGCCACUAUGUCAUAGGGCCCAAGAUUGACAUCCCCCUCCAGUACCCAGGGAAGUUCAAGCUCUUGGAGCAGGCCCGGGAUGUGCGGGAGCCGGUGAGAUACUUCAGCAGCGUGGAGGAGGUGGCCAGUGUCUUCCCUGACCGCAUCUUUGUGAUGGAAGCCAUCACUUUCAGUGUCAAGGUGGUGUCGGGCGAGUUCAGCGAGGACAGCGAGGUGUACAACUUCACGCUGCACGCGGGCGACGAGCUCACCCUCAUGGGCCAGGCGGAAAUUCUGUGCGCCAAGACCACCAAGGAGCGCUCGCGCUUCACCACGCUGCUGCGCAAGCUUGGCCGCGCUGGGGCGCUGGCGGGGGUGGGCGGCCCGGGGGGCGCGGGAGCUGCGGGCGGCGGUGGGGGUGCCAGGCCCAUCAAAGGCAAGAUGCCCUGCCUCAUCUGCAUGAAUCACCGCACCAACGAGAGCCUGAGCCUGCCUUUCCAGUGCCAGGGCCGCUUCAGUACGCGCAGCCCGCUGGAGCUGCAGAUGCAGGAGGGCGAGCACACGGUGCGCGCCAUCAUCGAGCGCGUGCGGCUGCCGGUGAACGUGCUGGUGCCCAGUCGGCCGCCGCGUAACCCCUAUGACCUGCACCCCGUGCGGGAAGGCCACUGCUACAAGCUAGUCAGCAUCAUCUCCAAGACCGUAGUGCUGGGGCUGGCGCUGCGCCGGGAGGGCCCGGCGCCGCUGCACUUCUUACUGCUCACCGACACACCGCGCUUCGCGCUGCCGCAGGGCCUGUUGGCCGGGGACCCGCGCGUCGAGCGCCUGGUGCGCGACAGCGCCUCCUACUGCCGCGAGCGCUUCGACCCGGACGAGUAUUCCACAGCCGUGCGCGAGGCGCCCGCCGAGCUCACCGACGACUGCGCCAGCCCGCGCCGUGCGCGCCUCUGCCUGCCCGCGCCGCGCGCCCCGGGGCCCGCCCGCGCGCUCGGCCCGCCCCUGCCCGCGCUCUCCGGAGACCGCGACCAGGAGGAGUACGUGAGCCCGGACUGGGCGGGUGUGCCCGAGUCCGCCGUGCCACCCGCGGAGAUCCCCUACGAGGAGUUGUGGGCGCACCAGGCGCCGGAAAGCCUAGCGGAGGGCCGGGUCCGGCCGCUCCCAGGGCCAGACCUCAUCUCUUUCGGGGCCUCCGGGUCGCCUCGUCGCGAGCCGGAAGCGCCGCCGCCUCCCGUCCCUCCCAAAUCAGAGGCGGUCAAAGAGGAGUGCCGCCUCCUGAAUGCACCCCCUGUGCCUCCCCGGGGUGGCAGUGGACGGCUCUCAGGCAGCCCCCCUGUGCCACCCCGCUUCCCCAAGCUGCAGCCGGUCCACUCACCCAGCUCCAGCCUCUCCUACUACUCCUCCGGCCUCCAGGAUGGCACGGGUUCCCGCAAUGGCAGUGGCUCCCCGUCACCAGAUGCCUACUCCCUCUAUUGCUACCCUUGCACCUGGGGAGACUGCAAGAUGGGAGAGUCCUCCAGCCGCCCACCCCCAGGACCCCUGCCCUCCACGACCACGCAGCCCAGCCAGGCCUCAAGGGCCCUUAUGGAGCCCCUGAGUGGUCGAGCCCCCUCCCUUUUGGGGGCUGACACCCCAGUCAAGACCUACCAUGGUUGUCCACCCCUGUUCAAACCCUCCCACCCCCAGAGACGCUUUGCUCCCUUAGGAGCUCCCAACCCCUUCUCAGGGUCCACCUACCCAACAGGCCCUCCUGCCGCCUCCUCUUCUGGGCCCACAACCUCCUCUGGCGCCCUGGCUACCUCUAGCCCUGCACAUUCCCCAGGCCCAGCCUCGCCAGGUCAGGCCUAUUCAGCUGCUCCUCCCUCUUCCCCAUCAUCCUCUGAGUGGCAAGAACCAGCCGUGGAGCCCUUGGAUCCCUUCGAGCUAGGACAGAGCAGUUCUCCAGAGCUUGGUUUGCUGCACAGUCAGGAGCCCAGAGUCAUGGGAGCACCUGGGCCUGGACCCUGCCUUUCGCCACUUGGUUCCCCUAAAGCCUUUGAGCCAGAAGGUUUAGUGCUGAGGCAGGUCCCUGCCCCACUGUCACCAGCUGCUCUGCAGGGGACUGAGGCAGGAGGAGCUCGCCUCUUUCUCACCCAAGGGCGGAUGGAGGGUCCUCCUGCCAGUCCCCGGGAUGGAGCCCCAGGCUUUGGAGGCCGGGAGGCCCCCUCCUGGCAGCCUCCUGCAGACCUGUCUGCGCUCUCCCUGGAGGAGGUCUCUCGCAGUCUGCGCUUCAUCGGGCUCUCUGAGGACGUGGUGAACUUUUUCGCCCGAGAGCGCAUUGACGGAAGCAUCUUUGUGCAGCUCAGUGAGGACAUCCUGGCCGACGACUUCCACCUCACCAAGCUGCAGGUCAAGAAGAUCAUGCAGUUCAUCAAAGGCUGGAGGCCUAAGAUAUGAACUGCCCUGCCAAACACUGCACAACUGGCAUGCUGGUUCAGGCUCUGGGGACUAGUCAUGGGUCUGCCGGGGACAAAGCACUCCCAGAAAGGCAGGUCCUGCCUGUGGGAGAAUCUUUCCAAGACUAAGACUCCUUGGCAGCCACUCACAGUGAUCUGGGGAGACACUUUGGGUGGUCUUCUGGGCUCAGAUCCCUGCAGGGGGACAUCUUGCCUUUGGGCAGAAUACAUGGGGAGGGGGUUGGAGGCACACCAUGUACCUAACCUAGUGAAGCAUUUGCUGUGAUUUUUAGAGGGAAGGGUGGUGGUGUGUCCAAAGGUGGCCUUCACAGUGACGGGGCACCUUCCCCUGCUCUGCUGCAAUCCUUCACAGUCUCAUGCUUCUCAAACCUGUAGGUUCAGGUUAGAGGCAAGGGGAGAAGAUGGCCCAUGAUUUAAGCACAAAUGCCCCAAGUGCCCGCUCUCCUUUGUGCUGUGGGCUUUUGGCCUGUGGCUGUCCCAGAGUUAGGGGUGAGAUUUGUCUCUGGGAUGCCUUUCUUUCCCUCAGCUUUUCCAUGAUAUAGGUGCCUGGCCCUGAGCACAGGUGAAUCAAGUACAAACCUGUGUCACAGAGGUCAGAGGCUCCACCUAUGACAACAUAGGAAGAGCAUAGCUUUGCUGCUGACCUAUCUAGUUAGGGAGGCAGGUGUUCCCGGUGGUUUCUAGCACCCUCGCUCCGGCUCCUCACUACAGCUAGCCAUCCAUCUUGUCAGGUAGACUGUCGCUGAAGACUGCUUUGUGGAAGAGCAGUGGGUUUAGGUCAUCUGCUCCUUCUUUCUAGAGGCAAGCAGUGGUCAACCACCCCACACUCCUGCCAGUCUCCUGCCCCAGCACUGGGCUCUAAUGAACUUGGUAUCCCUGUCUGAUUUUCUGUCACUGGUAUAGGAAGCUACAGGUAGAUGAGGGAAAGGAUGGUAUCUUGGGAAAAGCUGCCUUUCACUCCUGCACUUGUUCACGUACUUCAGAGCCAAUCUUUGCACUGUUCUAUCUUGAGCCUGGUGACCUCGUUGGUUCCAGACCUCUGGUCAUUGUGUACAAGUCCCUGCCACCAAUUUCCCUGUAACCCCAAUCAGAACUACACUACUUCUAAUGCCCACAGGGUUAGGUCCCAGAGGUGACCGCCUUCCCUUCUGCCUUACUGAGUCUGCCUAGAUAUUUAUUUCCUGUGUUUCUUUUAUAUGAGUAGCUGAGCCAUGCUGCUGCCCCUGCUAAGGGAGGAAGUCAGAGAACACAGAAAUGGAGACAUUUGGUUUUCUCACAGAUUGUUUUCAUGAAUCCUCAAGGACUAGUGGAAUAAAUGCUAGGCCACUGAAGAAUAGUGCAAGUGGAAUUCUGGGUGUCAGCAACUUUCUUUUGAAGGGGCACAAUGACCAAUGGGCCCCAUGCAUAUGCCUCUAGGCAGGAGAGGACUUUGGAAUGGUGUGUGGAUGCAGUCUAUUCUUAUGUCCCCAGAGGCAACUGGCUGCAGCCCUCACUCCCUUUUCAAGCCCCUCACUGGCUGCUGCCCUACAAGAACCCUUCAACUACUGUUUGACAUAACUUACAUCCACCUGGUGCUGCUGAUGGAAAAGACCCAGGUGUCAAAUCUCAGUGUCACAGGCUGGGCCCAAGGUCAUAUUCCUGUAUUACAGAAUGCCUGAGGUUCUCAGAUCCCCUGUUCAUGGGCUGGAUGUGGCCUGUAAUCCCAGGGACUCGGGGGGCUGAGGAGGAUUGUAAGUUCAAAGCCAGCCUCAGUAACUUAGUGAUGCCCUGUUUCAAAAAAUAAAAAAGGGCUGGGGAUGUGGCUUGGUGGUUAAGUGUCCCUGGGUUCAAUCCCUGAUUGAAAAAAGGAAAAGAAACUUGUUUCCAAAAAAAGGAAGAAGAAACUUGUUCAAGGCCUUGGUACAGAGGAUUGAUUCUGUCUUCUACUGCUCAUCCAGAAAUCCCAACUCAGAGAUGACUGUUUUGCGACUGCUUUCCUAGCGAACAGCAACGAGUGUUCAGCAGAGUCAGAGCUAAGCUUCACGCCUGCCAGUCCCAACACUAGAGGCUGAGACUAGGGAAAUGCUUCAAGUACUUGCAAAUGGAGCAGAGUGGGCAGUAUCUGAGUUUAGAAUGCAGAGUGCGAUGGGACUUGAAUUAGGAUUCUGCACACACUUGGUAACUCAGCAUGGGUCUUUCUGCCAGACCCAGUUAGGAGCCCAACACUUCAUCCAACUGGGCACUGCUGCCAGAACACAAGUGUGAGGACCCUGCACACCAGGGAUGGGGGCGGGGAGAGGGGAGGUGAUAGCACGUCUCUGUGCUGCUUCCUGGCCACCUCGUCUUCGUGCAGGCAUUUUUCAUCUUCCCUGUUGUGGGGCAGUCAGCACGUGCAGGAUUUCUGAGCAUUGGAGAAAUGUUAUUUCCUCGGCUUAACUCUGACACUGCCAAUCGUGCAUAAAGCACACCAAGAAAGGAAAUGGGUACAGGCAUACAGUGAGGAAAUCCAGUUUGGGGAAAGAAGUACCUUUUGCAUCCUGGUACACCAUACCUCCUGUACUUCUGCUGCUCUCAGUACCCAGAGUCAUUUCCCCUGUAAGCAGCCCUGUCAGAGCAUUUAAGCACUUAGGCUUAAAUGGCUGUGGGCACAAAAAGUCCCAUUUUCUGGUAUCACAGUCUCUCUCUUAAGCAGUUAGAGGGAAAAGAACCAAACAGAGAGGGUGAUAGUUUGGCUUUUAUUAUUGUCCUGUGUUGGGCUGGGUACAGAAAUGCCCUCAUCACCACUGGCCACCACUGGUCUCCCAGGAGAAAUAAGCAACAAAGGUGGCUCUGGAUGGCUCUAAACUGCUGAUUUGGGCUUCAGGGUCUGUAAAAGAAGCACAGUGGGUUCCACUUUCCAAUAUGAAGUACAAACUCUAAUUCACAGUCAGACUUCACCAGGAAGGAGAUGGUCAGAGCUGAAGGCACUUUAAUUAAGGAGCAAACUCAAGGCCAGGCUUGGUCUUCCUUCUCUUUCCUGAUACACCCAGAUGGCACUGUUGAAGCAGCGCUGCUGGCAGCUGGGUUAGUGCACUGAUGGAGCAGGGCAGGAGGGCCUGCUCACUGGUAGAACUUUUUGCCAGGGCUGUUAGCAUGGUCGAUGAGCAGCUGGCAUGGGGUGAACUGUUUUCCAUAGGCAGCUUCAUACUUCCGGAGCCGGUCCACUAUCUUCUGGGCACCAUAUAGAUCCACAAAACGGAAGGGCCCUGAACAGAGAAACAGGACUUUGUUGAAGGAGGCAGCAACAAGAGCACUUGGAUAAAGUGAGACUUCCCAGCCCGCAGACUAACCUCCAAGACAAGGGGGGAAGCCAAGGCCAAAGACUGCUCCGAUGUCCCCCUCAGCAGGCGUGGCCAGGAUCCCUUCCUGCAGGCACAUGACUGCCUCAUUCACAAAUCUUGUCACCACACGGUACUGGAUAUCUUCAUCAGAGGAGCUGCCAUCAGGGAGUGACAGUGACAGUGAGGCAGAGGACCAGGGGAGGCAAGCAGAGCUAGAGUACAGGAUGUGAAAUGGGGGGUGCUGGGAGCCCUGAGGCCAGUCAGGAGCAAACCUUUCACUCUGCGGAGAAGACAGCCUGGGAGGCCCAAGCUUUCCCUUGGAAAAAAGGGGUGUUCCUUGUCCUGACAUGAAACUGAGCACUCAUGAGGGUCUGGCAUAGGGAACAAUCAAGUACUCACAAAGAUGACGGAGCUGGGAGGGUAAAGGAGCCUAGCACGACCACCCUUCCAGCUGCACUCUGGGACCUUCCCAGGGAAGGCUAGAGCAGGCAGGGCCUUCGCCAAGCCUCGCCCGCUCUCACCUGACGACUGAGGGCACAUGCAAGGGCUUCAUGCCUGGAAAGCCAGUGCCAGCUUCAGGAACAUUCUCUCUGUCAGGUGAGCAUAAGGAAAAUGGAAGAGGGGCCAGGAAGCUUUGGGUCGUCAGAAACGUGUUUCCAUGCCCUGAGCCACUCAAAUUGACUUACACCUCCGGCUUAGCAGGAAGCCUCAGACUUGCAAAAAUACUAUCCAUGUCAGAGUUCAAGCUCUUAUUCUUCGAGCCCUCCUGAUAGAUGUAAAAGCCCUUCCCAGACUUGCGACCUAAAAGAAAGAAGAGGUGGCAUCACCACUGGUUCUCCCAGCCCUGCCACGCGUGCUGCCUCUGCUAACCUGCUGUAAAGCUCCAGUCUUUUCCCUGCAUCCAGCUAAACCUGAAAUUCUGUCUUCAUCAGAAGAGCUGGCAGAGAAGGAAGGAAGACCUUGUGCUUCCUGGAGCUUGGAAAUCUGUGUAUCUGCUUGAAAAGGUCACUCAGGCAAGCUUUACGUCCAGAUACAUAACACCAGGCCCCAGGAGGCAAGUCCUGGUAGAGAUUUUGCUAUUUCCACAGAUGUAGUAGAGGCAGAACAGAAAUGCUUGUUCAUCUGGCAUUACUUGGACCUGAUAGUGACAGAGGCCUAGAAGUCUAGACCUCUUUUUUUUUGGUGGUACGGGGGAUUGAACCCAGGUAUGCUCUACCACGAAGCUACGUUCCCAAUUCUUUUUGAGACAGAGUCUUGCUGAGCUGCCCAGGCUGGUCUUGAAUUUGUGAUCCUCCUCCCUCAGCCUCCAGAGUUGCUGAGAUUAUAGAUGUGCACCACCACACCUGGCUAGACUUCUGUCCUCUGUCUGUAAUCUACAGGCCCAGGUGCCCAUGAAAUCAUUUUUUUUCUUUUUAAAAUAUUUUUAGUUGUACAUGGACACAAUAUCUUUAUUUUUUAUGUGGUGCUGAAGAUUGAACCCAGUGCCUCACAUGUGCUAGGCAAGUGCUCUACCACUGAGCCACAACCCUAGCCCCCAUGAAAUCAUUUUUGAAAUUCCCUAUGACCAGGCUCUAGUGUUCAGGAAACACUCUCUUCCUUGUGGGCCUUCUGUAAUUCUCUGGUCUCAAGACAAUGCUCAGAACUUUGUAACUAAUGGUGCCAGUCAUGUUUCCUUGUGCCUACUCACCCAGGAAGCCCUUGGACACCAUCUGUCCCAGCAGUUCUGGGUUUCCACCUCCAAACCGCUCCCCAAAGGCUUUGCCCAGAUCUUCUGCCACAUGUUUUGCUACAUCCACACCAACUUCAUCUGCCAGGGUGGCAGCACCCACAGGAAAGCCAAAGCCUGUGGUCAGGGAAUCCAGCUUCUUAGGGUCAACUCCUUCCUGGACAGGAAGUGAAGCAGGGGCCUCAGGGAAAAUCCAUCUCAGACCCCUCCCCAACACACACAGAGGGGCUCCUCUCAUUAGCCCCCAGCAUAGCCUUAUGCAAGACUUCUCUGGGUUUCACCUGGCUAGGCCCAGGAAGCACAGGGGGAAGGUGUGCAACUUCUCUAUCUACAGCACUUUAGGGAGUUUAGAGAUGAACACAUUGUCUACUUCUUUCUUUUUGUAAUUCUGAAUCUUAGUACCAAGGAGAUGCAAUAGGUGAUAAGGCCGAGCGUGCCAUGACAUCAGUAUUGCCAAGGAGCAGCGCUGCGGAGCUCUGAGAUUGCUGUCUGGGCAAGUAUCUAAGGGAACAGAGUUCAAAUCCUGCCCAUUUACUGUGGUCUCAGCCCCAUGACUCCCA